CUGGUACAAACUUGCUCUGGUUUCUGCAGAGGACAAAUCAUCACCUGAAACACAACACUUUAAAGGAUACAGAGAUCAUGUCUGGCCUGAGGCUCCCCCUCACUGUGGCCCUCUGCCUGCUGCUCCUCUCUGCUUUGGUACCUGGCUCUGAGGCCCGCCGUGGUGGAGGUCGAGGAGGUGGCGGCUUUGGUCGUGGUGGAGGAGGCUACAGCCGGGGCUGGGGUGGAGGCGGUGGAGCCUACAGACCUGCCCAGAGCAGCGGACCCAGUGCAGGGAAAGUGGCUGGAGCAGCUGCAGCAGGGGCCAUAGGAGGAGCAGUGCUGGGGUCCGCCCUGAGCCGGCCUGGGUAUGGAUAUGGUGGAGGGUAUGGAGGGUAUGGAGGAUAUGGAGGAUAUGGUGGAGGGUAUGGAUAUGGAGGCUAUGGCUACCCCAGAUAUGGAGGUGGAGGCUAUGGACCCAGGCCUGGAUAUGAUCAGGAGGGCUCUGGAGACAUGGAGUACUACUACGGAGGAGCAUCCAGCGGGCCUAUCUACAACAGCAUCAUCAUAGUGAUCGGCUCCCUGAUGUCCCUGCUGAUGGGCCACUGGGUGGCACUCAUGUAG